AUUUUUGUGAUUUUAUGUAGUGAGUAGAAUACAUAACAUAUCUCGUUGCCAUUUAUUUUGUUUUGAUUUUGAAAAAUACACAAAGUUCGAUGAUGAUCAUGUUUCUGCUUGACGCGGUAUCUUUUUAAAUAUCUUACAUUAUUUGAAUCCCCUUGUUCAAUUAAUUAACUACUUAGCAGUUUAUAAGAAGGCUGUCAUGGAUUUGGAAGAAACAAUGCAUCCAGAGGACAAAAUGGAAAAUGAUGUGCUAGAAAACAGACUUGCAGAAAUUCCUUUCAAUAGUAAUGAAGAAGGCUGCAGUUGUCCAAAGAAUCGCCGGAAAUCUAAAUUUUCUAAUUGUCAUUUGUCAGAUAUUGUCCCGAAACGUUUCAUCUUCUCAUGCAUAGGCUUUUUGGCCUCCACAUUAGCCAUCUCACUCAAUACAAACCUCAGCAUCGUCAUCGUCUCUAUGGUAGAUAGGUCCAACGAGUCCCUCUUACAUGUCAAAUCCUCCAACGAAUGUCUUUUGGUGGACGUCCCUCUAGAAGUGAAAGCUGAAGAGAAGCCAGUUGAAAUAAAUCGUGGCGAAUUCCACUGGAGCCCCGAGACAGAAGGCCUAGCCUUGGGUGCUGUCUACUAUGGCCAGUUGUUCGGAUUCCUGCCCGGAGGUCGUAUGGCCGAAGUGUACGGAGGAAAAAGAACCCUGAUCGCCUUCCUCUUUUUGGCAUCGCUCUGCACGGCAGCGGUACCAUUCGCAGCCAGAUUAUCCGUCCACGUUUUCAUCGCAUGCAGGUUCCUCGUUGGAGUUGGAACGGCUCCUGUGAUUCCUGUCUUGUUCUACCUCAUUUCCCGUUGGAUUCCUGAAUCCGAACGUAGCUUUAAUGCCUCCUUCAUCUUGGCAGGAUACGGAGUGGGGACGUUCCUAUCCUUUCUCACCUCUGGAAUGCUUUGUGCAUCAGAUUUCUUGGGAGGAUGGCCCUCCGUGUUUUACAUAGGAGGCAUGUGUGGUUUUGCUUGGUGUCUUCUCUGUUAUUUAUUCAUUUAUGAGACGCCAAAAGAUCAUCCUACCAUCACUUCUAAGGAGCUAACCUUCAUCUCUAAACAUCUGGGCUUAAUCGAACAGAAACAGAUUAAGAAGAUACGCUGGAAAUCUCUUCUUACUUCUGUACCUUUCUGGUCUCUAGCUCUGGGUUAUUUUGGUCAGUUUUGGAUUCUUGGAUUCUAUUCAACUGUCCAAACUUUGUACAUGGGUACAAUACUUAAUCUGGAUAGUAUAACGAAUGGUGAACUUUCCUGUGUCCCGCCUUUAGCUCGCGGCGUGUUUGCUUGCAUUUGCGGCUGGCCAGCAGAUAUAGCACUGAAAAGAGGUUAUGUUAGUAAGGCAUUCAUCAGAAAAGGAGCUACUAUUGUCAAUACUGUUUUUUCCUGUGCCGGCUUUGUAGCAAUUCUCUUAGCGGGCUGCAAUCCAGUCCUAAACACGAUAUUCUUCACAGUAGGUGGUUUACUUGGCGAUUUCAUCACGUUCGGAGUGUGCAUGGGUGGCGUGGAUAUUGCACCCAAUCUUUCAGGUACUGUAUCUGGUAUCCUCAACUUCGUGGGUGUAAUACCAUUUUUCCUCAUACCUGCAUUGGUAGGAUUCACUACAAAAUACGAGCGUUCCAUGGCUCAGUGGAGGUAUGUGUAUUAUGGCACCAUCGGUGUUGUCCUAUUAACGACGGUGAUAUACUGCGUUUUUGGAACAUCCGAGCCACAGGAGUGGGGUACAUACGACGAAGAGCCCGACGAGGAGGACAGUGUCGAUCUUACAAAAACGGAGAAGCCCGAAAACAAUCCCUAAACUAUUCUUGUUGUUAUUUGAAAGUUAAAAAGUUUUUUAUUAAAGCUGUUUUGUUCCUACUUAAA